CGGAAGGCGGAGCGCGGUCAUCGAUUGAGAAACAGUGAUUGAGAGAAUCCGGUCGACUUGCAGAUGUUAAAAUGUCUCAACCAGAAUUGAUGAGCGAUUUGGACGUGCCCGAAAAUCCGCAGCAUCCCUGUCAGUGUUCCACAAUCAACAAUAUGGACCCCAUGAGGACACCGAGGGACAGAAUGGAAAGGAAUAUGAAUAGCACCAGGAUCUCCAAUAGUUCGGAUCUCCCACGAAAUCUAGAGACCUUACAGAACGUUUUCGAGCCGGUACGAAGAUUGGAGAGCCCCCAUCAAGAUAAAUCGCAGAUCAGUCUGGAUAAUACUAGGAACGUCGACCUCCUGGAACAUCAAGCGAACAUAUCAUCUAAUUCAAGAUCCAUGAAUAGUCAGAAUUCGUUGCUGUCUCUUCACGGGCACAAUCUCUCGUGUAGUCCUCGUAACUUGGAUUUAUCGCGCAAUCUGGCUUUCGAGGCGGCUCGAAGAGUUCAGGAAAGUUCGACCCUGCAAGACAACCAGCACAGUUUGACCUCGAGUCCUAGUCCCUUGCUGGAGACGGGGCCGAAUUUACUUGAGACUACCGGCAAAGAAUUAGAUAAGCAGUUGGAAGAUCACGCCGGCCUGUCGCCGCAGAAGCAGAGCGCCAACAAGGAGAAGCUGAAGAAUGUGCAGCAGGUGUUGAAUCCUUACCAGCACCAUCAUGAGACGGUGGAGCGCGGAGUACACGGACACUUUCACGGCGACAUACACAGCCACAUUCACAAGCACGCCGACAACUUCAGGAACGCGAAUCUGGACGAAGGCUUGAUGGGCUUUCAGCAACACCAGCGACAGCACACGCAUCAUCAUCAUAGUAACGCAAAGACAAAUGUUACUCAUCAUCACGGAUCCGGGGUACAUCACACACACGCGCAAGGAAUAGCCGGGCACCAUCAUGGAAAUCUGGCAACUAGUCUCACCAGCCAUGUCCAUGGAAAUUCUGGUCCUCUGAGCGGAUCCGGUUCAGGUUCCAUGAAUCAAACUAGCUCUGCCACCUCUAUCGGACACCAUCAUCCAACGGCGAUGCCUAUCGCGGCGACGAUGAACCACCUGAACUCCCCCCACAGUCAUCAUCGGCUCAACGCCGGCUCCAGCUUGGCCCACCAUUCAAAUCCUGCCUUUCCCAGCGAUCAUCACGGCGCUUCGGGUGCCCUGAGCGGCGCGUCGUCGAAUUCGAGUAUGAUGAACCACGGUGGUUCGCCCACGGUGCACCGGCACGUGGUCAACGUCAACGGCAGCUUAUCGACGACGCCACUGGGUGGUCACCAUCACGGCAGCUCGUCGGGCAGUUUAACUGGCCAUUCCAGCGUGAACCAUCACCACGUCAGCUCCGGCAUAUCGUGCGAGUCCUCGUCGUCGAACGCUAACACUAGGACGCACAGCAGGUUGGAUCACGUCCACGAUCAUCAUCAUCACCUGCAAUCGGUGCAUUCGUUACACGCGAGUCAUCCCGAUACCAGGUCGAGAGAUCGGGCGCCCUCGAGCUUGGAUCAUCACGGACAUCUCCACGGUCAUUUGCACAAUCACGGCCACCCGCAUGGGCAGAGCGACACUAAAAACGCGUCUCUUAUGGGCAUCGACGCCAUUCAGGUUUCCGCCCCGACGAAGAACAAGUGUCAAUGUCACGUGAUGCAUUCCGGAGGAAACAACGGAGGAACCGAGGGCGAGAGUGACGGAGGGAUCGAAAUGGCAUCACGAACUCAUCAACCUCCCGCACUUCCGCCGCGUCCACCACCGAGACCGACGAGACGUUACGAGACGACCACCACCAGCCAAUGUCACACCGGCGAAGGUGGCUGCUGCAAGAAGUACGUCGUCCUCUGCUACCUCUGCGGCGGAUUGAGUGCGGCGGUCGGCAGCCUUUUUUUGGCGGUGCACGCGGUCCUCUCGGCCCACACGGACAGUCUAGCGCUCUUCGAAACCGUGCCGUCUUACAUUCCUGGUAUUAUGCUGAUCCUGAUGGGUUUCUUCACAAUGCUGCUAGCUAGACGAAAGCACAGAUACGGACUUCUGAUGAAAGUCUGCGGUUCCGUGGGAGUGGUGUGCGCGCUGGUAUGCGUACUCGUCACCGUCACGACUACGGUAGUUCACAUGUCCCGAUUGCAGAAUCUCCGCGAGUGCGUUUACACUGCGCGCGCGAGAUCGUGCACGUGUUACGGCGCACCGGCAUCGAAGGGAGAUCCCGGUGUGCUGUUCGAGGGAACGCCUCACUGCGAGGCUGUGCACGGCGCGUUGUCGGACUGCCUGAGGGCCCUCUUCGGCGUCUCGGUCGCCGGUAUACUGGCCUGCAUAUUCUCGUGCAUGCUCGUGUACCAAUUGCUGAGCCACGAAAAGAAGAAGAUGUACUGGGAGCAGUUGGAGCUGAGAUGCAGAUCGCUGUACGGCCAGGGCGCCGCCGUGGGACCGUCGGCCGGGUCCUGCGGAUGCUGCAACGAUUGCGGGGGUGCGAACCCGUGGUGGGCCCAGACACCCGGCAAUUUAUACACCCCGAAUCCUGAUAUGGCGCCGUCCCGGAGAUGGCGAUUACCUUGGUCGAGAUCGAGAGGUCCAGCACCGAGCCCAGAUUCGAAUUACGGCUUUCACACGCAAACACGACCAACGGAAACCAAUGUGGAGAGCGGAACCGGCCCCUACAGUGUCUUUAACUCGCAGUCGAGUGGUCCUUACUCCGUUUUAAAUGCUCCGAAUGCCCCAUACACACCGAGCACCGCGUCCUACAGUGUUUUGGAAACUCCAGUGCCAUUGUGGGGACCGCCACCUCCGUACAGCGAUCCUAACAGUCCCGCCAGACGACCGCAAAUGACCGAAUCGAGAGCCAGAAUUGCCAAGAGAAUGGAUAACUUCGAAAAUAACGAAGAUCAUAGAUCGAGACCUGCGAAACGUCCUUCUGAUAAUUAUGAGAAUGCCGAGGAGAUCUCUAACAGCACGGAUCCUGAGGGCGGGAACGAGGGGACCAUCAAAGGUAGGAGAGUCAGGAAACCUUUGAAAGGCGUGGAAAAUGGGGCAUUUCAACAAGAAGCAAAUCCCGGCUCGAAACAGUCCGAGAGCGAACUAUAUUUCGGUGACGUGUCAUCGUGCUGCGGACCCGAGAGUAGUUAUUACGAUCUAGCUGUGGAAAAAGAAGGUGCCGAACGUUCGGAAGAUGUAGACUAUCUUACGACCAGGCUAAACAAGCGUCAACUGUCGAAGAGAUCUCGAUUGCCUCUUCCUUUGCCUGCGGACAACGGCAACAUUCCUUGUGACAAUUAUGCGAACAGCGACGAGCCGAGAAGUGCGAGGGGUCCAUUCCUCGCUCCCGACGCUCAAUACGAGGUGAUUCAACAAGGUCGUUACUCCUAUUACGGGUCGAAGGAUGACGAGGAGCUGCAGGAGGGUCCGACGAGUUCCAAUUACUUCCGGGAGGACGAGAAUGAGAGGGGAGGACGUGAAAGGGAUUAUAGGGAUUACAGAAAUAGUCAGGAAGAGGAAACUCCACAGUGUUGUUUGAGCGAUUCAACGACUCUGGAUUCUGGUUGGCAAAGCGGAGAACAACAGCAAUCCGAUGAUAAUGUUCGGCCGGUGAACGUGUGAUCUUAGACUCGUAAGAUUAUUAGCGAAAACGACGUGGGUGACGAGCGACCAUCGAUUUUGUGCGGGAAAAUGUUACACGAAAACAAUUAAAUCUAAAUAACGAAGAAAAAUGCGCGACAAUAGUUUCUGAUCUGUGAAUAAUUUAGAUCGAUCGUAUGUACUUCUUAGCUAAACAAAGCGAGUGAUUGAAAUGAUUGGGAUCUAACUCUUUGAACUUAAUUGACGGAUAGAGAACAUGGCGAUAAUGUUUGAGCAGAUAAGGUCCUAGUCGCAUUAGUAGGUUCGCUUUUAAAAAGCGUAGCUGAACUUAAUUAAACUUGAUGCACUAAAUUUAAAUAAUGCAGUGUGAACCUUGGAAUAUAGUCCGCGCAUCAAGUUAUCGUAUCGAUUUCUCUCCCGAAACAAGAAGAAUUGCUAACGGAGCUAAUUUAAAGACAGUAUUUCGCAUCUUUAAAUAAAUUAAGCAUUCAUGAAUGUGACGCACGACAAAUUUCGUUUCCGUAAAUAGCAGUUAUUUAAUAGCUAUUAAUUUUAUCUUCGAUAUUUAUCCAUUAAACGACUAUACAUAUUCUUAUUUCUUCGUAUUAACACAAAUCUUUUUAAUUCGACGUCAUUUACGCGAUUGAUGACGAAUUGUAUCGAUGCCAUAGACAGCACAAGAUUAAUGAACAGACUUUAGUGAUAAUUUGUAGUAAUAAAAAUUAUAAUAACGUAAAACACAAGCGCUAAUCUCGAUUUGGGCGAGAAAGGACUACCAUUAAUUCCUCUCGUAAGAAGCUUGCCAGUUUAAUAUAAUCUAUACGUAUAAAUUUUUUUUAAAUUGAAGAGUAGACGCGAUGCAAGUAGAAUACGAUCAAGUGAUAAUUUAUAUUAAUCCUCGAUAAAAUGAAGUGAUGUGAACAAUUAAAGCUUGUGCCGCAUUGAAGGUGCAGGUGAAGAUUCAUUGUGUUCAGCAUUAGUUGUGCAUCAACGAUCAUGACGGAUGGAGUGAAUUUAAAGCAACUUGAUCAUUUAUAACAUGAUCAACUGUUAAUCACGUAGGACGAAUUCGCGGCAAAUUCUGUGUAUUUUUGCUAAUUGCAAUGUUGCUCGUGUUGCUCGUGUUGCUCGCAGUAAUAAAUAAUAUUAUUGAGUGUUAAGUAUAACCGAAAAAUUAUUUACGAUGUGAGAACGAAUGAGGACGGAGUGAGAGGGAAUGAAUGGAAGAAUAUUAGUUUUAUAAUACGGAUUUGUUUAUUAAAAAUAUAUAUAUUCAUCGAACGUAUGAUUACUUUACUAGAAAGACGUUUGCCUUAUUAGUUAUUCAUUUAUUAUUUUGUAUUAUUUAUUGCAUUUGUCUUGGCAAUAUUGUAUUUUUACCUGACGUUCUCCUAAAACUCUUUUAUCCAUUGUAUUAUACAUUGGAAUUAGAAUUGUCAGUCUACAAUUGUUUUUUUUUUUUGGUUAGAUAUGCGAUAGAUACCAUGUACAAAAGUGCUUUACUCUUGCCAUUACGUGUUAGCUGUAAUUCUUAAAUGAUCACUGACUAUCUUUGAGACAUUAACAAUCGAACAUGUUCGUAACCAUAAGAAAUAUAUUCAUGAUAAGAGUUUAAAUUUUUUUGCAUUUAAAAAAUCGUCUUAUUGUCAUUCAUAAUUCGGAUUUAUUUCUUAAAAUCUUAUAUGCGCGACUGAAACGUUUCAUUCCAUGCUUUUCUAUCAAUUCACAAUUUUAUGCAAAUCUUUUAUACGAUGAUCGUUUGUUAUCAAUGCUUAUUGAUGAAUGACUUCUUAAAAUAUUGCGCCGUUACGGUAGCGAGCACUCGCUUUCAGAAUCACAAUUCAGGUGGACCAAGGACAAUAUAGAGAGAUCAAUCAAACUAAUUAGCGAUUAGAAUACUCGUCGGUUGUCUAUUUUCGUUAUCGGCCGCUCGAGAUAUAAAGGUGAAUAAAAUGCAUAUUUUAUCAUUCGGAAGCGACAUAGUCAGAUUGUAGCGCAUGUAGCUUAAUGCCAUUUAAGUGAAUAAAGUGUACCUUAAGGGCGAGCCGCGAGUCGUAGUAAGUCCGAUGCGCCAUCGAACAAUGUACUUGACAAUGAUUAAGGAAUAAAGAAUGAUUUUGUGAAGCA